GCAUUCUCAUUUCCCAUUGCUGCGUGAGGUCAAAGCUCGGAAUGACACGUGGUGCUGUUUCAACCUGCUGGCAGAGAAGUUAUAUCCGUGUAACGAAGAAGAGUUGGCCUUAAUCAAAUAAAUAAAUAUCCAGAACCGCCAAAUCAAGAAGAAAUUAACGGCAGUGAUCUGAUGCUUGCGUUUCAUCAAAACAAAUUUCAAAAUUUUUCAUUAAUUUAAAUAGAAAACCCAAAACAACCGAAACCAUGUGAGUAGGAGCUAGUUGGAUUUUGGAAUUUUUUUUUUUAAUUUUCUCUCUGUCCAUUAGACACUCUCCAAUCAUUUCUGCUCCGUAUGGUCUCCCUCUUAUCUUUUGCCAUGCGUUUCUUGAAAAGCUUAUUCUUGUAAUUCUUCUUCUCUAAAUCCGUCCUCUCAAGAGAGAAAGGAGAGGGGGGAAAUGGCAUCGAGGUUCUCUGGGGGUGGCCCAGAUUUUUACGGUGGAUUAGCAGGCAGAUCCGCGGCUAACAAUGGCACCAUGAGCAAUAACCAACCGACUGCGACGUACCGGACACAAAGCCCUGGCAUCUUAAUGGACCCGUCGUCUCAGAUCGUGAACGGAGCUGCACCCAGCCUCAUGGGGAAGCGAACGCUAGCCGACUUCCAAACUCAACAACACCAGAACAAUCAUCCACGCCUCAAUGGUCUUUAUCUCCGCUCGCGAUACGGAGUGCCACUUUUACAACAACUCAGGCCGCAGCAACUUCCUCUUGGUAUCACCUCCGGGGCCACAAUCCAGGCCGUGAACCCUGCUUUAUCAGGCGCUCCGUACAUGAACCUGGUUCAAGCACGGGUCGUCCAGCCACAAGAUCGGGAGGAAAAGAUGAUGAAUCAGCUUCAAGAGCUGGAGAAACAGCUGUUAGACGACGACGAAGGAGACGCGUUUUCGGUGAUUACUGAUACCAGCAGCGAGUGGUCUGAAACUAUACAAAACUUGAUCGGUUCCAGCAGCCCUAACAACCCGAUUGCCCCAUCGCCUACUUCUUCAACCACUUCAUCGUCUUCGUCCACGUCAUCAGUGGCUUCUCCAGCAUCGAUUUGUUCAAAGCAGACAAUAGUGGAGGUCGCAUCAGCUAUAUCCGAGGGCAAAAGUGACGUGGUUAACGAGAUCCUGACCCGAUUAGCUCAAGUUGCUAACGCUAAUGGUAAUUCAGAGCAGAGGUUGAUGGAGUGCAUGUUGUUGUCUCUUAAAUCACGGGUUAACUCAGUGGAAAACCCGCCACCGGUGGCUGAGUUGUUCAGCAAGGAACACGCUGCAGCGACCCAGUUGCUUUCUGAUCUGUCUCCUUGUUUUAAUCUCGGGUUCUCGACUGCUAAUCUGGCUAUCCUCGAUGCCACUUUGGACCAACCAAGCUGUAAUAAGCUACAUGUUAUUGAUUUUGAUAUUGGGCAAGGACGGCAGUAUAUAGAUCUUCUCCACGUGCUCUCGGAGCGUGGAAGUGGGAAGCCUGCAAUGGUAAAGAUCACAGCUAUUGCUGAUAAUGGUGGGGAUGAGAGGUUGAAGAUGGUUGGCGAUAAGUUGAGUCAAAUCGCAGAAGGAUGCGGAGUUUGUUUGAAAUUUAAUGUGGUAGCGAGCCUUAAACUCAGCGAUCUGAGUCGCGAGUCGCUCUGUUGCGGACCAGACGAGCCAUUGGCUGUUAAUUUUGCGUUCAAGCUUUAUCGAAUGCCUGACGAGAGUGUGUUCGUGGAGAAUCCGAGAGACGAACUUCUCCGUCGCGUGAAAGGGUUGGCGCCGAGCGUGGUAACAUUAGUGGAACAAGAACUGAACACCAAUACGGCGCCGUUUGCGUCGCGUGUGGGAGAAGCCUGCGCAUAUUAUGGAGCGUUGUUUGAUUCGAUUGAGUCGACCGUGUUUAGGGACAACUCGGAGCGAUUGAAGCUUGAGGAAGGGCUGUUUCGCAAAAUUGCCAACUCAGUCGCGUGUGAGGGGAGGGACCGCGUUGAGAGAUGCGAGGUUUUUGGGAAGUGGCGGGUCCGGAUGAGCAUGGCAGGGUUCGAGUUAAAGCCACUGAGCCAAAGCGUUGCAGAGUCUAUGCGUGCUAGACUCAACCCGGGGUUCACCGUUAAAGAAGAAAAUGGAGGGGUUAGCUUUGGUUGGAUGGGCCGAACUCUCACCGUCGCAUCUGCUUGGCGUUAACUUCACUUCUCUCCUCUCUCUAAUAUUAUUAUUAAUUGUUAUUAUAUUUUUAACGUUUUCCUUAGAAGAGAAAAUAUGAGAAACGAAAAAACAUCCUACCAAAUCCAAAUAAUAAAAAGGAGUGUUCGGAUUCGAGGAAAAAUCUGCGCCUGCAUUUUAUUUUAAUGUCUUUAUCUUUUUUCUGCGUGUGCGAAUGAAGUGUUUGGUAUAAUGCUGA